AUAUAAGAAAACAAGUGGAAAUUAAAUAAAUAAACCCAGUGACAAAUCGAUGAGCACAAGAUGGAAAAUUCAAUAAACACUUCAACCACACAUUUCCACUAUAUACUUAUGUGACUUUACUCCUAUCUCUUCACUUUUUAUUCUAUUUUUAUUCCAAAAUAAAUUUUUUUAAAUCUGUUUUAUCAAAUAUAGUUAAUAUAUAUCAGAUUUUUUAUUAUUAAUUUUCAAAAAAAAAAUAAUAUAAUCGGAUCUUUAAACAACAAAUUAUGAUACACACACACACACACAAAAUCGGAUCCUUGAUUAUUAGUUUUCAAAAAAAACGAGUUAAGUGAGAAAGAAAGAAUUUGUAAAAAGAUAUGAGAGAAAGAUCCAUAGAAAUAAAAAUCUUACAUCCAUAAACGAAGAUCUAUUGAAAAUCAUCUUGGCUUUCCGGGAGCGUAGACACAGAGGGGGAGAGACCGAGACAGAGAGGGAGUGACGGUGAGGGAGAGACCGAGACAGCGACGGCUUUCCGGCGGCGUAGAGAUAGAGAUGGAGAGACCGAGACAAGCGAGAGGCGGAAAUGGAGUGAGCGAGAGAGAUCCAGUUUGGAUACAUGGUUCAUAUGUUGACACCGGCAGCUCUGCUAGCAUCAUGUACAAUAAGACAUUUGAGGAGUUAGGUCUGAAGAAAGAAUCCUUGAAGAGGAUUCGAACCUCUCUAUUUGGGUUCACGGGCGACAUCGUUGACGCCGAGGGACUCGUCGAGGAAUGCUCCCGGUUCCGGAGGAGCGGCACGAACGACGCUGAUGUUCUCCGGCUUGCCACGACCCGGUAUCAAGACGACGGGAACCAAGGCAAGGUGCCUAUCGAUCUUUGGAGGAUUUUGAGUCGUUCCCCGAAGUGGCAACAACUCAACAAUCCCGACGGCGGAUCGUUCCGGAAAAGAUCCACCGUCGACGCCGAGGUUGAGGUCAACGAGACUAUCGGUUCUACCGAUCAAAUCCCUCCCUUCAACGUUGCGGAUUCCGAUGACGAGGACCCAAUUCCGAGGCCGAUCGGAAGAAAGAAGGCAAAAUCCAUUGCCUCUGGUUCGGGAGGGUCCGCCUCUGUUUCCGCUUCUCCCCGCGACGAAAUCGGCUGGGCAAUGAUUGAACAACUUCGGGCGUUCAAUCUCCAAGAACAAGAGAGGUUGAAGCUAAAGGAGAAGGAGUUGAAGCUAAAGGAGCAGGAGGCCGAGAUGAAAGUCAUGCAAACCGACCCCGGGACGUUGUCGGAGUUUGGACGAAUGAUCUAUGAGCAAAGAAUGAGAGAGAUCAAGGAGAAAUAUAAUUUACCUUAGUUUUUUAUUAAUGUAUAUUUUUUUAAAUUAUUGUCGCUUUUUUUUAUUUAAUUAAUGUAUUUUUUUAUU